CUCGGAAAUCGGGUGUUAUUUUUGAGGAUGAAAAUAAUUAAUCUGAAAAUAAUUAAAAUGACACCACACCAGAAUAAUGCUCCUUUCUAUUUCGCUUAAUUUUUAUUAAAACUAUUAAAAAUGUAUUUAAAUUAUUUUACAGGUUAAUGAAAAUUUUAUAUUUACAAUUCAAUUGAGUUCCCCUGGAAACAUCACUUGAAUUUUUAAUUUAGAAAUUGUCUGAAUUUCUAUGUUAAAAAAUACUUGAAUUUCAAACUUGGAAAUUCAUUGAAUUUCAAACUUGGAAAUUCAUUGAUUUACCAAUAUCAAACCUCAUACUCCCCUCACUAGACUAUACCCCUCUCAGGAAUCCCAUCUCUAAAGAUAGUUCUAAUGACCCGUGUUUGUCUUAGGUUAGUUUGUUGUUUACUUUUUCUGUGGUUUCGAAUGUUGACAUCAGAUACUUUAGUUGAUAUAUCUAACAUAUUAAAUAAAACAGGGGGCUUGCAGGGGACGAAUGCCCAGGUUGCCAUUCUCUGCCAGCGGCGGAUUGUUUCAAGAAGGUUGUACGUAUAGAAAAACUAGAAAUAAGGUCUUAACCUCGAAUUUUUCUAGAUUUAAAGCUUGAGCAGACAGGAAACAAAAAAUAAAAUUUUACCCAUCAACCUGCCUUUCCCGUUGGUGCGUUCCAAGACAAGAUGGAACGUCCAUCCCGUGAGCGAAUUUCGCUUAUUCUGGGUAGGAUUCGGAGAGUAAUUGGGAAUGCUUGUCGCAAUUACGACAUUGAUAAAAUUAUUGAUUCUAACACUGUCUCUGAAUUGCGUUCUGCUAUGAAUAAUUUAAGACGCAUAAAAGAAUAUAUUACAGAAGACACAUUUUCCAUGUUGUCAAAUGUUAUAUCUGAUAUAUUUUUGUUGAUUGGUAGCAACAGACAAGAAGAUGAACAGUAUUCAGCCAAGAGAUUUUGUUUCAGAACAGGUCGUCCCAGUGUUGUUAUAUCCACUGGACAAUUACAGCUUAUGAUAAAUGAGAAUUAUACUGUGAAGGAAAUGGCUAGUAAUUUCAAAUGUUCACAGAGUACUGUACGUAAAUAUUUAAAUCAAAGCCAUUUGAGUAUUCGUGGUAAAUACAGUACCAUUGGUGAUGAAGAUUUGAAACAAAUUAUAAGAGAACAAUCUUUAAGUCACCCCAAUUGUGGCUCAGAGAUGAUGUGGGGCUACCUACGAGCCAAGGGUUUAUUUGUGCAAAGAAGGCGAAAGAACCAUCAUGAAUGAGACUGAUCCUGUAGGAACUGCUGCUAGAUGGUCUACAUCUAUAGUACGAAGAAGUUACAAAGUACCUACACCAAAUGCACUGUGGCAUAUGGACGCAAAUUUGAAACUAAGUCGGUUAGUCAUUUUUCAUUUGUACAAUGGGGGAUACGUUGGGAUAAAGAAACUUGAAAACUAGUGGAGAUAUGGAAAAAUAGAUAGUGUUUUCUUGAUCUAUUUUCUUAGUUUCUCUAUCAAAACAUUCAAAUUUACCCACCCUGUAGUUAACCUCUACAUAGUUGUUGUUUUUAGUUGGGGACUGAUAGUACAUGGAUGCGUUGAUGGAUACAGUCGGCUUAUUAUAUAUUUAUCUUGCAAGAUUUCCAUGCAAGCUGGUCCUGUUUUGGAUCUCUUUGUGAAUGCUACGGCAGAUUAUGGAUUACCAUCCAGAGUAAGAUCAGAUCAUGGUUAUGAGAAUGAAUUUGUCGCCAUCUUUAUGAAUUUAAUAAGGGGGUUAGGACGUG